AUGGACGAGAUCGCGGGAUGGAGAUCAGAGAACAAAGUUGGAACAAAGCGCGUUGACCCGCUCCGGAAAACGCCGAAAUCAUUUCUGUCACUGAAACAUCUUCGAGCGAUUCUGAGCUGGUUACCUCACACGUCGUCAGGAACUGCAAGGCGAUGGUGGAAUCUUGAAGUCGACAUGCGAGUUGUGCGCGAAGACGACAACCAGAACUGGACGCCAUCGCCCCUGGCAUACCUAUGCUGGAAUCGGAAAAAGGGAUUGCCACCGAUUCCGGGGAUGACAAUGGACAGUUUCGAGGCAAUGAUUGUAGGCGGUAUCUCUACGGUCAAGAUAGACGAGAUUGGCGCUAUGGAACACUGGUCCACGGACGGGCUGCGUCGCCAUCUUUGUCUCUUAGGGGGUCUCGUUCCAUGA